AUGCCAACAAUGCAACAACUUUGCAGUCGAUCGUACAAAUUGCAUUUCGAUCCUCGAAUUGGCAUUCAUACUCAUGUUCCCAUACUUUUCGAUUAUUUCCAUCUUUCCGCAUUGACAACGACCGUGCAUGGGUCUCUACUUUGCCUCAUUCCGCCCUAUGUUUUCGAUCGACCAAAUGUUCGUCGAACGUCGUUAUUCAGUUUUCUGUUCGGUCAAGAUCUUUCGCAAAUUACCACCGAUCAAAUCAAUCCUUCUCUACUACAACGAGCAUAUAAUCUUCACAAUAGUAUUUGCGAAAUUCUUCUUUCAUCUUAUGAAUCUCUACAAGACUUCUAUGAAAAUAUGCUUGAACAUCUUCCAUCGAAUGCAGAUAAACCUUUACAUGUUCACCAAAAAUGUCAACAAAAACUACGAAGUCUUUGUGAUAAAUUGAAGAACAUUGACGAUAUUCAUACGAUUGACAAUCUCGCUCAUGCGCACAUCGCCCAAUGUUCGGCAGAGAACAUUAUGCUUUGGUGUCAGUUCAUUCAAACGUUUGGUUUGCACGAAUCAACAGCGAUUGUUCUCGGAAAAGAAUAUCAUUUCAAACGCGUUAAACGUCUUUCCGAAGGUUUUUUUCAUCGAGAAAUUCCGCGAUCUCAUUUGCUUACAAGUGAAGGAGAAUCAUAUAAUGAUUUACACGAUCUCGUUCGAAACUCACAGUACUAUUCACGCUUACCCGUUUUGACCAUUGAGUGCGUUGAGCUUGAUGGCGUUCCAGAUACGUUACCCAUUCUCAUCGAAGAAGUAUAUUCAGCAAUCGAACAAAAACCUAUGUCAGCAUUUCCAGCAAGUGUCAAGAACAAAUCCAGUAGUGGAAUAAAUGACAAUCCACUUGUGCAAGCUGUUCAGAAUUUUAGUAAAUUUCAUCCAACAUUUGGCCUUUGCUUGAGCGGAAGUAUGGAUGAAACAGUAUUAAGUUCACUUUCCAAACCGCCGGCAACACCGCCGUUAAAGUCAGUUAAACGACAACAACAACAAUCAUCGAAAGCUUCCUCGACUGAAACUGCGUCGAUCUGCACGCCGAAAGUUCGUCAAUCUGGAAAAAAUCUCCUUUCAUUUCGUACUCAAACACCGAUUACUGUCAACCCUAUCGUUGCAUUUUCAAGUGACCCAUCGAUUCAAUUAACAUCAUUUCGGAAAGUUGACCAAGACAGUACUCCAACGUUAUCUUCCUCAACCACGACAACACAAACGACAACUACCAACGUCGAAAGCAACUCCACUUCAUCGUCUAUCCUAUUUCCUUAUCAAUCUGAUUCGGACAUAACAAAUGCUUCACGUUUACAAAAACAGCCAAGUCGAUAUUCGUUACCUGAAGUUUCAUUUCAACGUACUGAUAGUGCACUAGCAGCUCAACUUGAUUCGCCGAUCAUCCCUCAAUUUCUAUGUACAACACCUGAUAAUAAAACAGAUGAAGUCUUUCUUACCGAUGAUCCCGAAAAGGCUGUAGCAGCAUCGACUUUCGGUGAUUCAAGCAUGAAAUCGAAAGUUCUACAAGCUUCGUUUCGGGGUAAAGCCAGUACGAUGGAUCGAAGAACAGCUGCCACAACACCGUUACGUUCUCACUCGACUUCCACUAAUCCGAACAAAAAGAAUCUCAACGCCCAACCAAAAUAUUUCACAACAAAACUGAAUGAUCCAUCGUCAACCAACGGACCAGCCAAUUAUUCUCUCGAUUCAGUUCUCAAUCUAACAUUACAGCUAGAACAAACAGCAACUGCUGAUUACCAUCGACGACAUACGAUUUCGACAAAUGAUGUUGAUCCAUUACUUUUGAAUGGUUUAACUGAUGAUGAAAAUGCGCUCAACCUAAUGGAAAAAACCAACGGUCAACACUCGCCAUCGUCCGCCGAUGAUCACGACCAAUCAUCGAAAAUGGAAGAAAACGAUCGUAUACAAAGCAAUUCGCUAGUUAACAAUCAAACCAUGGAAUAUGUUGUCUACAAAGAAAAGUUGAAACAAACGAUUUCAGCUAAAUUCUCAACGAAUCUCAUGUUUUACUCCGACUUUUCAACUUUAGCAUCGACUAUUCCAUACUUUUAUCAGGAAACAGUUCCAUUUGACUCGAAUGGUAUCCAUUUAAUUGUUUGUGUUCAUGGUCUCGAUGGAAAUUCAGGCGAUUUGCGAUUAGUUAAAACAUAUCUAGAACUAUGCUUACCUGCAUGUCGAUUGGACUUCCUCAUGUCGUCUGCGAAUCACUCCUCGACGUUCGACGAUAUUGACAUCAUGGUGAAACAACUUAUUGACGAAAUCGAUGGACACAUUGAACGUUACGGGUUAAAACCACAGCGGAUUAGUUUUGUUGGACAUUCAUUAGGAAAUCUCGUUGUGCGCGCAACAGUCAGUCAUUCACGAUUUGAACGAUAUCGCACGCUGCUGUAUACGUAUCUCUCAUUAUCUGGUCCACAUUUAGGAACAUUGUUCAAUUCAAGUGGUUUGGUGAAUAUGGGUAUGUGGUUAAUGCAAAAAUGGAAGAAAUCAUGUAGUUUAUCGCAAAUGUCAUUCAAAGACCAUGUCGAUCCUAAACAAACUUAUUUGUAUAAACUUAGUAAAAAACCUUGUUUAGAAUAUUUUAAGAAUAUUUUAUUAAUUGCAUCACCACAAGAUCGUUAUGUCCCAUUUCAUUCGGCACGAAUCGAAAUCUGCAAAGCUGCUCUAAAAGAUACAGUUUACGGUUCAGUUUAUGUUGAAAUGAUAAGUAAUCUACUUGAUCCAAUUCUUCGCAAUCCAUCAAUAACAUUUGUACGAUUUAAAAAAAACAAAUUUUACAACAAAAUGCCUUUAGCUAAAGAUCUCCUUCAUCCAUCCAUCGAAGAAGAACGUCGCAAACACAAAAAGAAACGACUUGUGCAAAGUCCAAAUUCAUACUUCAUGGACGUUAAAUGCCCAGGUUGUUACAAGAUUACAACAGUUUUCAGCCAUGCACAAACAGUCGUCUUGUGCGUCGGUUGCAACUAUGUUCUCUGUUCACCAUCAGGUGGCAAAGCACGUCUUACAGAAGGUUGUUCAUUCCGUAAGAAACGUGACACACCAUUAGCACGCAAAGAUGAUACUGAACGAAAUUAA